AACUGUUGGGCAGCAGGCAAUGGGAGGCAAUCGCUGCAGUACCAGCAGCAAGCGGUCCAGAAGAACGACGACGAAGAGACGAGCGAAAUGAAGGCAUAUUUUCGAAGGAAGAUUCAGAAACAGAAAGCGGAGGAAGAGAAGAAGAUGAGGGAGGAAGAGGAGAAGCGUAGGAAGGAGGAUGAGGAGAGGAGAGAAGUAGAUCGACUUAGGGAGGCGGAAGCAAGAGAAACAAAACUUGAGGCGAAGCUGAUUAGGAUGAUGAGUCAGCAUGCCAAACAUGGAAAUGUCGCAGCUCCGCUGAUAGUAAAAAAGAAAUCUCCACGGACAAAAGCACAUAUGCUUAGGGAGAUUAGGAGUUAUUUGGAUGAAUCUGAGGAUGACAGCAAUGAGGUGAGAGAGGAGGCGGGAAGGUUAAUUGAAGCCAUAGAAAAGAGGAAAGGAAAACGGAAGAUAGGAGAAGGAGACAGAAGAUUGUCAGCUGUGAAGUUGCGUACAACAAGGACUGUACAGAUCGAUGUGGACGAACUUCCCGACGAGGAGUGGACACCUCCAGCAAGGAAACGAAGUGCCGAGGAAGAAGCACGUGGAGAAGGGAUCUUGGAAUUUGCGUUUGAUCUGUACCAGAGACUGUCCGCCGUUAAAGCGUCGGAAUUGAAGAAGAUGUGUAACGAGGAAGGCAUAGAGUGGACGAAGAAAAAGAAGGUGGUUACGAAACUGGUACGAUGCCGAACGAGAGUGGUGUAUGGAGAAGGGACGGGUGGGAAAGCCGAAUCGCUAUCAGGGAGAGCAGCAGAGAUUGAAUCCACGGGAGGGGAGAUAUGGGCAGAUAGCUGGAAGAAGGUCCGUAGUAUAGUUGGGGAGAGCGUGAUACAAGCAGCCGGGCGGAAUCGACGUAUCAGUGAUUGUAAAGCAGAUCUAGGGAAGGGAGACAAAUUCAUGAUCACAAGGGUGAAGGUUACGUCAUCUGGGGUGGAACGACGGAGGAAUGUAUUGAUGGAGAUCCUGAGACGACCAUGGAAGGUUAAGGAACUGUACCAGAAGAACGCUCCAGAGCUUCUCACCCUAUACAAGUCAGCAUUUACUUUUGUGAGGAAAGCUACCAGGUACUUGUUGAAGAACAGAGUAACCUGGGUGGUGAGAGUUGUGUUCGGAACAGAGAUCAGAAGGCGCCCGCUGGUGAAAAUACCUUUCUCUAUGAAGAUAGACAGGGGGAAGGUGAGGGAUAUCACGGCCGCAGCAGUAAAGUGGGUCGUGGGAAACCCGCAGAUUGGGGAAUACAUAGCGCAGAGGGUGCGCGUGGUGUUCAAGAAGAAUCUGACCGUAGGUCAGAUACUCCAUGGCCAACGCACGUGCGAGGGAGCCGAGGAUGUGAGAUGCACUUGCCGAGAAUCUGCUUUACCCAAAAGCCAAGGCCAUGUGAAGGUAAGAAUUGACGAUAUUCCGCAAACGCCGAAAUUUGUGAUGAAUUCACGGAACGUAACGUACGGGGAUACAGUAUCGAUUGAGACACUUAGGACGUGUGCCGUCGAGUCACUGAAAGCAUGGAGUAGGGGCAAGAUGUUGUGGAUUGAGGAGGGGGAUUUGGCAGGAUGCUACAUAGAUAUAUCACGUGGGGGAUGCCGAGCAAUGAGUGCGCAGCAAGUGAGAGAAUGGGGGCGGGAGAUUGCGUCAUUAGUUGCGUUUCCAAUUGAUCGCAAUCCCAGGGGGACGCUUGUAGUAUGUCCGUUGUUGUACCAUCAUGCGUGCAAACUCACGUUCAACUGGAAUGCCAGUUUUGUACCAGUCCAAGAAUCGGAAGAGCAAGUACUGAAAGAGAUGAGGAGGAGGUAUGAGAGAGAAGGGAUGGGUGCAAUAGCCACAUGGGGUAAAGGUGGGAAGAUAAGACGGGCGUAUGUUUUGCCUAAGGACAAAGAUCAAGGACGGUGGAGACCUAUAUCGCCGGCAACCAGUGAUCCAGCAAGACUGGCAAGUGCGAGGAUUGGGCGAGCUAUCCGGUACAUGACGUUCACGGCAGGAGAUCAGCAACACUUCGAUCUGCGAUCCACAGAUGAAUUGAAGGAGAAGUGUGGGCAGAUCCUGAGGGAUCUGGAACCGGAAUGUGGGUUUGCGUAUGCUCGGAAUUAUGAUGUGAAGGACAUGUUCGCAAGGCUAUCACAUGGAAGCGUGAUGGAAGCAACGAGGUGGAUAGUGGAUCAUCAUCGUCGGAGGAACUUAGUGGGGGUGAGGGUAAGUCGAAGGGGGAAGAUAUGCAUGAUGGCCAGAAAUCAGAGGAAGAGUGAGGGUUUCAUUCUCAUAACAUUUGAGCAAUCUCUUAGAGCUGUGAGCUUUGAAUUAGAGAAUACCUUCACUAUGUGUACGAAUGAAAUCCUGAAGCAAGAGUUCGGAAUUCCCAUGGGACGGAAUUACAGUCCGGCACUAGCAUGUUUAGUAUGUGCUAGAUCGGAAGCCGUGUUUUUAAACACACUCGGGCGAGAUCGGAGGUUCAUCAGGGGAAUGAGGAUGAUUGACGACGUGGCGAUAGUAGUGGGGUUGGAAGAUAGGGAGGUGGAUGCAGAAAGAAAAGCAGGACGAAUUAUGAGCAGUUUUGAGUUAUGCUAUGAUGAAAGUUUAAACCUCGUACGGAAGGACGAGGGAUCAAAUGUACUGGAUUUCCUGGGAACUCGAGUGAUCGUGGACGUGGAUCCUGUGUGUAUUCAUGUGCACCCGAAGACCAGAAAUCAGUAUAGCCUGGCAGAAUCUGGAAACAUGAGGAUACACUCCAUGCAGGACUUUCACUCUUUCUCGAAGAAGUCUGCGAAAAGGGCGAAUCUUGUGUCUUGUAUGAUGAGGGCAGUAAGGUUGUCAACUUCUGACGAGGCCACUUUGGCAAAUGUAACUGCAGUAAUGAUGGAAGCAAACCUUCGAGGUUAUCCCUCGGAGGUCUCUCUCGGAGCUUUGGCAAGGUUUGCCAAACUGUCCGGGAGUCACUAGAAAGCUACGCUUUCCCGUCUGUAUCCCGGACUGUGGAAACAUUUUGAAGGAUACUAGGGAAAACGUAAAAUUUCGGGUCCAUGUACACUAAUUAGAAUGGAUGAGAAUAGGGAUAUAGGAAAGGGCAGCAGCGGUGGGUGGAACAAAAUUGGGACUAAAAG